AUGUUGGCAGGUAAAGAUGCUUACAUUUGUGUUGACUUUUGUCUUGUGGCAGAUUUAUCUUCCCUGAGGAUGCUGAAAUCUCUGGAUUUAAGUUCGAAUGGAUUUUAUAGACCAAUGGGAUUGCAAGGCGAUAAUAGUUUAAGAAGAUUAAGAAACUUGGAGAUUCUGGAUCUCUCUGAAAAUUUAUUCAACAACAGCAUUUUUCCCUUUCUUAAAGCCGCUACAUCACUAAAGAGACUAUUUCUUAGGUCCAACCAAUUGGAUGGCCCUUUCCCAGACGAAGUGUUACCUUUCCUACGGAAGUUGGAAGCUGUGGAUCUCAGUGGUAAUGAAUUUUCUGCAUCAAGUGGAUUGCAAGGCAAGUCCAUACACAUACUAUGCUAUUCCACUAAAGAUGGUGGUCAGUUUCCUUCAUGCUUAUUUGGCUUGACUAGGCUUCGAGUUCUUGAUCUCUCAUCAAACCAAUUGACUGGGAAAGUUCCACCUGCUCUUGGUAGCCUUGGAUCCCUCAAGUACUUAUCAUUGUUAGAUAACAACUUUGAAGGCUUCUUCUCACUCGGUUCGCUUGCCAACCUCUCGAUGUUGAGGGUUUUCAAACUUGGUUCGGAAUCCAAAUCAUUUCAAGUAGAGUCUGAAAGUUAUUGGAAGCCAAAAUUUCAGCUGAGUGUUAUUGAACUACCAUCUUGCAACUUGGUGAAGGUUCCUUAUUUUCUCUUAUUCCAAAAGGAUUUGAGCCGCAUUGAUCUCUCUAACAAUAAAAUUUCUGGAGAUUUUCCUCAUUGGCUACUAGUCAACAAUACAAAGCUCGAAGUUUUGUUUCUACAAAAUAAUUCGCUAACAAACUUUCAGCUUCAAGGAUCUGCUCAUAAUCUAGGUUUCCUGGAUGUGUCAGACAAUGACUUCAACCAUUUGCUUCCUGAGAAUAUCGGGUGGAUACUUCCUCAUUUACAUUAUAUGAAACUAGCUAAUAACGGUUUCCAUGAAUUUCUUCCAUCUUCUCUUGGCGAGUUUAGAGUCUUAAACGGAUUACUACUUUCAAAAACCGCAUUGGAAGGUGAAAUACCUAUUUCUUUGUUCAGCUUAACUGCUCUUCAGCUGUUGGACCUUUCCGAAAAUACCUUAUCUGGUGGCAUAGCUCCGCAAGUCAAUUCGCAAUUACCCAUAGUAUUACUCCUUCAAGAUAAUGAAUUAUCAGGGGUUAUUCCAGACACAUUGCUAACUGGUGUCUCUGUACUUGAUCUGAGAAAUAACAGAUUGUCUGGGAAUAUUCCUGAGUUCACCAACACCCAAGACACACAUACUCUUCUUCUUAGGGGGAAUAAUUUAACAGAUAAUGAGUUGAGUGGUGAUAUCCCAGCAGAGCUUGGAGGUCUUCUUGAGCUAAAAGCUCUUAACCUUUCUCACAACAAGUUAUCAGGGUUGAUACCAGAAAGCUUUUCAGGUCUGAAGAAUGUGGAAAGCCUUGAUCUCUCCUUCAACAGGUUACAAGGCCGGAUUCCAUCACAACUAACAGAGCUGAGCAGCCUAGCUGUUUUCAAUGUCUCCUUCAACAACUUAUCUGGAGUCAUUCCACAAGGAAAACAGUUUAAUACAUUUGGUACAAAAAGCUACUUAGGCAAUCCUCUUCUCUGUGGACAAUUAGUCAUCAACAUAAGCUGCGACAGCAGUAACUUUCAAGAACCAGAUAAUGGAAUGGAAUCUGAUGAGUCUAUAGUGGACAUGGUAUCUUUUUACUGGAGUUUAGCUGCAGCUUAUGUGACUAUACUUCUUGGAAUAUUCUCAUCUCUAUGUUUUGACUCUCCUUGGAGCAGAUUUUGGUUCUACAUCGUUGAUGCUUUCAUCCACAAGGCCAAGAACUUGUGGUAA